UGUGUACAUGUACAUGUGUGUGAUGAUGAUGUGUAAACGUGUGAGUUGUAAUGAGCGCAGACAGCGGCAAGAAGAGAGCCGUCCUGAAAGACAGCAGCUGGAUCAGAAGAAACCCAGAGGAGGACGAGCUCGUCGAUUAUGAUCCUAACCCUGGUAAAGUUGUUCUGGGUCAGCGGAAAUCAGGGAAUGAUGUUGACAGUUAUGAUCCUAACCCUGGUAAAGUUGUUCUGGGUCAGCGGAAAUCAGGGAAUGAUGUUGACAGCAAACCGCUGGAGGACGAUCAAACCUCUGCCAACUCUGGGACGUCCGUCAGCUCCUUAACCAAGAGAUUCGGUGGCAGUCAGGAGCUGCUCAACAAAAGCAGCAUCACGAGCACUAAGAGCGGAGCCGUCUCCAUCUCAUCGCCCUCCAAACCUCCGCUCCCUGUCAAGAAUCCGGCGCUCAAGACUCCCAGCGGCUCCAGCUUCACAGCGAGGGUGUUCUCCGGAGCAAACACCAGCAGCAAACCGUCAAGUCCUGUUAAACGAGCGUUUGCUGAGAAGCUUCCGGAGGUCACCGCGUCUCAGAAUACUGACGGAAUCGCUAAGAGCAGCAGCGACGGAGCGGCUCCAUCGACUCCUCCGUCGUCUGUGACCGUCUCGUCGUCAGCAGCUCCUGCAGCCACGUCCACCGGUGUGAAGAGUCCAGUGAUCCCGCCCGCCGUGAAGAGCCCAAGCAGGAGUGAAAGCGUGUCCGUCUCAUCGCUGGUGUCCACGUCCUCAACACCGACGGCUCAAACCGUCAUCACAAACACCAAAACAUCCUCCUCGAUGCUGGAAGAGACUCCAAAACCUGCAGAGAAACCCUCGGUGGACCUGAAGCUCAGUGAGAUCAGUUAUUCUUCAGCUCGCUCUCCGUCGUCUCCACCGGCUGUGACUCUGAACACACGCUACAGCUAUCAGACUCCCAGCGCUCCGCUGGACGAUCUUGCUGACACUUUAUUGCCGACCCGGUCUGGAAGCGUUCAGUCACCACCUGUCCGCUCACAGACACAAGUCACGACUGUUUAUUCAGAGAUUCCCGCUGCAUCACCGACUCUGCGCUCGCCUCUGCAGACACUGGAGUCCAGCAGAACACAAGUCAAGACUGUUUAUUCAGAGAUUCCCGCUGCAUCGCCGACUCUGCGCUCGCCUCUGCAGACACUGGAGUCCAGCAGGACGGUCAGCAGCCGGGAUGUUUGUACGGUCUGUGGGAGACCCAUCGCUGGAUCAGAGAGGAUGAUUCUGGAAGAUCUGAAGAUCAUCAGCCACGCGUCAUGCUUCAGGUGCGCAGUGUGUCACUGUGAUCUCGGCGGUCUGGAGGCGGGAAAGUCUCUCUGGGUUUAUCGGGAGCGAGUGAACUGCGCAAACUGCUUCAGUAAAAUCAGAGGUCAGUGGUAUAUUUGAGACAAACGGGCAUCAGUCUACAUGGAGACACUGAAUAUUAAUAAAGACAAUAAUUCAACACAACUGAUCUUAUAAAUUACAGUUGAUCAAGAUGUAAAAUGGCGUAAGGAUAUGAGGCAUGCUUUAUAUUAUAUUCCUGAGGAAAAUGUUUACAGGAUUUAUAUGGUAAUGCUUUCUUGAGGUUGUUAAUGGGCAAAGCUUUGAUUUAUGAGAAUAUAUACUCAAAUAUGCAAAUGCUAUCUGUUCUUUUAAAUUCACUUGAGUGUAGCUGACAUUGAUGUUCAACUGAAAACAUGAUACGCACAUAAUAAAACUAUAUUCUGAUU